AUGGGAACCAGCAGCAGCCCCCUAGGGGGCGCCAUGGUUCAGGGGGCCUCCAAAGCCUCCAGUGGCUGGCACUAUGAAUGGAUUGCCCCUCGUGUGGUGCUCCACUACUCUCCUAACCAGCUGAAGCAUGAUAGUGAUGCCGCUAUUCAGAUAUCAGCCAGAAAAGAGCAGAGACAGGCUGCCUCCUGCAAUCUCAGAUGUGCCUUCACCUGUGGUGGUAAUGAUAAAGACAACCACAGCGACCCAAGUGAAGGAGGAUUUGAAGUCCAGGUCAACCUGCCCAAGUGCCUGAGAUCCCUGCUCGUGCAAGAUUGGGAGCUGGUGAUCCGCGGGAAAAAGCUCUGCGACCUGCCAGCCAAGGUAAGCAUUGAUGCCAUCCUGUCUGAAUACGCCAUCUUCCCUAUGAAUUGCCAUACCAGGGAUAAAAAGUAUGUUGUCUGUGGCCUGGUGGAUGUCCUCAAGGAAUACUUCAAUGCAAUCCUCAGCACCCAGCUGCUUUAUGAUUUUGAGAGGCCACAAUAUGAUGAGUUGGUGGUCAGCUACCCCUCUAGCCAGAUGUGUGAGCUUUAUGGAGGUGUGCACCUGCUGUGUCUCUUCCAGCAGUUGGGCCCUAUGCUCACCUGCACUUCUCUGGAUGACAGCAGCUUGAUGGUGCUGCUGAGCCAUUUGGAAGAUUUCCUGGAAUAUCUGGCCCGUGAUCUUUAUCUGCUGUUCAUUGAUGCCAAGGAUUAUGUGCUGGCCUCUGAGGAGCACCUGAAAGUAGUAUAA